CUCUGGGGUUUUGCGGGACUCCCAACCGGUGACGUUUUGCCUCCCUGCCUUCCCCAGGCUGUUGUUCGGCAUCUCCUCCGGCCCCCUGCCCGAAGGGGCGUUGCUGGAGAGCCCUGGGAACGAGGGCCUGGCGGACUGGGAGCUGGACCGCCUGCUGUGGAGCCGGACGGUGGAGAAUGUGGCCACCGUCUCCACCACGCUGACCUCGCUGGCUCAGCUGCUAGACAAGAUCGGCAACAUUGUCAUCAAGGAUGCCGUGGCCUCGGAGGUCUACCACGCGGUAGAGUCUGCCCGGCGGGCGAUGACAGAGCUGAGCCUGGGUCGCCUGGACUCGGCCUUCCAGGCCAGCAAGGCUGCGGCCACCUCGUCCGAGCGGGCCUUCUUCGACCCCUCCCUCCUGCACCUGCUCUACUUCCCGGACGACCAGAAGUUUGCCAUCUACAUCCCGCUCUUCCUGCCCAUGGCCGUCCCCAUCCUCCUCUCGCUGGCCAAGAUGGUUUGGGAGAGGAAGCAGCGCCGGAAGGAGCCCACCAAGAUGGACUGAGGGGACGGGGUCUCUGGACGCCCGGGGAAGCGUAGCAGACUCUUGGCUGGGCAACUACCCUGAUAGUGGUCGGCCCAGACAGCAUGGCAGAGUUCCCCAUUGGAGGAAGAGGGAGUUGAGGUUUCCACAGGCUGCCCCUCUUAAGGGAGCGCGUCCCUUUCGCUGCGAACGAGCCCAAAGGACUUCGGGAAUUCUCCUUAAUGCUGGCCAGGCUGGACGGAGAGGCGACUCCGGCUCAAGGCUCAGCUGCCAAGGGUGCUGGGCGUUUCCCUCCCCUGAAACCUGCCCAGCGGAUGCCCAUAAUGGAGCGGAAGGGGGAGAUCCCCCCCUUUGCCUCCCGAGCAAGCAUCGGACCGCUCUCCCAUUAAAGUUGCGUUGGCUGACCGGUGGGAACGCUGAGCCUCUUUUGCAGUUCGCUUCUGUGUUU